AUAUGGAUGUUUACGCAAUCAUAGAAUCGGAGACAGGUUUAUUUUUCUAACCUUAUUCUUCUUUCAACCUUAAACUGAAAUCGAAGAAUUUUCCAAAUAGAAUUCUAAACAUGGUUGUCUCUGUUUUUAUGAUUAUGAGACAUAUGUUCAAUAUGUUGUACACAGAUGUUAUGAACCCAUUAGCAAUAGUAUUGGUAGUUAAUGAGAAUGCUAUUCCUGCAGCAGCAGCAAUUCUCAUAUUGACUGCAGCUAGCAUCGAAGUAAAUCAAACCCAAAAGCGUCGAAAAAAGCGUCGUUGGAGCGUGAGGCCUUUGUUUCGUCAGAGGCGAAUUGGGGAACAUUUCACUAAUUUAUUCGGCAAUAUGAAAACCAUGGACCCUGAGCAAUUUUUCUCAUACUUAAGAAUGGACAGAAUUUGUUUUUAUAAACUGUUGCAGUUGGUAGGACACAGAUUAAUUAAGCGUGCUACCAGAAAGACUUUGAGCCCUGAGCAACGUUUAGUAAUCACAUUAUAUUUCUUGGCCCAUGGGUGUAGCAUGCAAUCUGUGUCCUGGUCGUUCCUUGUUGGCAAGGCCACAGUGUCUGUAGUGGUGAGAGAAACAUGUCAAGCUAUUUGGGAUGUUCUCAGUCCAAUAUAUUUGAAGCGCCCGACUAUGCAAGAUUGGAAGACUAUUGCAAAUGAAUUCGAGGAGAAGUGGAAUCUACCACACUGUUGUGGUGCUAUUGAUGGAAAACAUAUUGUGAUGCAGGCACCAAAAAAUUCUGGAUCUAAAUUUUUUAAUUAUAAAAAAACCUUCAGUAUUGUUCUGAUGGCUGUGUGUGAUGCAUCCUAUAGAUUCACCUUGGUGGAUAUUGGAUCUUUUGGGUCCCAGAGUGAUUGGGGUGUAUUCCGGGAAUCGGCUUUCGGAAAAGCUCUUGAUUCGGGUAGUUUAAAACUACCCCCUGAAAAAAGUCUGCCUGGGUCUGAUGUAAAUUUUCCCUCUUUUUUUGUUGGAGAUGAAGCUUUUCCUUUGAAGCCAUAUCUUCUUCGUCCCUAUCCAGGUAGAAAUUUGGAGGAAUCCAAGAAUGUGUACAACUAUCGUCUAUCAAGGGCACGCAGAACAAUAGAGAAUGCCUUUGGUAUUCUGGCUUCUCGUUGGAGAAUCUUUCGGAAUAAUAUAAUUGCAGACGUCACAACAGCCGAGGUAAUCACUGCAGCUACCAUUGCUUUACACAACUUCAUGAGAACAGAAGUAUUGGAAUCCAAGGGUCAAAUGCCAAAUUAUAUUGGUACUGUAGAUGAUGCUAUAAGAAUUGAAUCCAAUCGUUCAAGGUUAGGACGCUUGGGUCCAAACAAUUCCGAUAGGAACUCUAUUGAAUCAAGAGAUAUAAUGAAAAACUACCUACAUAAUGAAGGAGCGGUACCUUGGCAGCUUACUUAUGUUAGGCGUAAGUCACAACCAAAUACAGGAUCGUCAUAG